GAUUGGUAUCGCAGUCAAUCGGAAAGGUUCAUCAUAUUAUUACUCUUAAUAUUUAUAAACUUUAUUUUUCAUUAAAUAUUUUCAGUAUGAUAGCUGCUCUUGAUACUUCAAUAAAUGUUAGUGAUAAAUUAUAUCCAGUAUGUUCAUAUAUGAGUGAAGAAGUUAUUGGUAUUCAUGCUUUAUCAAAUACAACAUUACGUGAAUUAGGUCUUACUAGUGGUGCAGCUGUUAUCCGUUAUAAUCAUCGAUCAAUCACUGAUGAUGAUUUAAAAAAGAUUAACGAUCGUAUUGAUGAGAAAAUUGCUCGUCGUCAUCGUCAACAACAACAACAACAGCAAACAACAGAAUCUUCUUCAGUUCCUUCUCCUACGAUGACAUUUAACCCUCCUCCUCCUCCUCCUCCUUCUAUUCCUACUACAACGACAACAUCAUUUAAUAAUGAUGAAUAUUCAAUAUUUCGUGAUCAUUAUGCAUCUCGUUCUACUACAACUUCUCAACAACAACAACCAAGAACCUUAGCUGAAGCACUUGGUAUUAAUAUUUCAUUUGAUCCUCAACCUAUAUUAAAACAAUCACCUCAAAAUGAUUUGAGUAAUUUUAAAUUUCCUGAAGCAACAAAAGGUCAAGAUCUUCAACAAAAUGAAUCUUCUGAUGAUUUUCAAUAUAAACAUAAUUCGAAAUUUUGCAAUCGACAUACAAUCGCUUAUGAUCUAACACAAAAUACUUCAACAAUUACAAAUCAAACAGAAGAAUUACCAGAUAGUUUUUUUGAAUUAACACCCGAUGAUCUUCGAUCAAUUUUAAAUACUUUAAGACAACAAAGUGCUGAAGAUAAUCCAUUAGAAACUCGUACAAAUCGUGAAAGAAUUCAAUCAUCACGUGCAAAUAAUUAUCAAUAUAUUGCAAUACGAUUAGUUAUUAAUUCAAAUAAUAUUCUUCAAGGUUUAUUUUAUCCAGAAGAAUCUUUAUCAAAUCUUUUUGAAUUUGCACGUACAAAUCUUAUUAGUUCUCAAAUAGAAAAAUCUGAUUUUUAUUUAUAUACAUCACCACCACGUAUUAUUUUAUCGGAUUUAAAAAAAUCAUUAUCUUCUUAUGAUUUAGCACCAGCUUCAUAUGUUUAUAUUGGUCAUCGAACAAUUUCACCAUUAGUUAUUCAACUUUCAUCAAAUAUUUUAAUAGGAAAUAUUAAUGAAGCUAAUCAAAUUGUUAAAAAAUAUGUAUUUAAUCAUUCAACAACAAUAAAUGAAGAAGAAAAUCAUGAUGAAAUAUUAACUACAGAUACUAAUAUUAUCAAUCGACCAUCAAAAAGAAAUCCAUCUACACAAAAUAUUGAUGAUAAACAUUUACGAGAUAAACUUCGUAAAUUUUUACCUGGAAAAAAAUAA